CGGCGGUGACAGCGCGGCGCCCUGGACCCCGCACUUCGACGUGGUGGUCAUCGGCGGAGGACACGCAGGGACCGAAGCCGCCGCCGCAGCAGCUCGGUGCGGCUCCCGGACUCUGCUGCUGACGCACCGAGUGGAUACCAUCGGUGAGUGGCGCGGUGUGAGGCUUGCCGAGAGACGCACGCCGCCAGGGUCCUUCCCCUCCCAGUGCCUUUUCCUCCGUAAGUCUGGUGAGAAUCCUGCGGAACGUUGUUUUAGCCUGAUGUGUGUGGCGGUACCGGGCCAGAACUCUGGACUUGGCUCUUCUCUGGACCACGAAUUGUGCUGCUGUUGACAGAAAUUAGUUGGAGGAGGGAUGGGGGAGAGAUGCCUUGAGAAAAGAGCAAACUCUUAAGAAUACUGCUGAUACUUUAUUUCAAUGUUGCCAUUUGGUCUUUACCAUCUUGUUGCCUCGGUUAAAAAGUGAAUCAACGUUAUUAGUACUUGUUUAUUAAACACCCAUUGUGUUUUUCUGAAGAUUUUGUGAAACCCUUUUGAAGAACGAGGCUAUUGUAUUUUAUAUUCAUACUGAAUGUUUAUUCCCCAAUUUUAUGACUACGACCCGACUGUGCUUUUUGGCACUUCACAAGCAGUGUUUGGACGGCCAUAAUUUAAAGCAAGACUCCUCUCUGGCAUCAUCAUAGAUGCCAACUAGGACACUAUCUUGUAAACUAUGCAUGCCUGUGUCUUUCCUCGUGCAUUUUGCUUACGAGUCAUCAGUAAUUGAAAUGUUAACUUCACUUUCUGUACUGAAAUACUGUUUAGAAAUAACCAUUCCGUUUAUAACUGUGGAGAAAUAUAUACUUCUGUUAACAGCGGUUCUUUUGGAGAGAGACUAUGUGAUUACCCAAGUAAAAACCAGUAGGGACACUGAGAUACAGACGUGGACAACUUGCCAAGAUCACGUAGUGCUUAUAAGUGGUCAGAUGUCCUGUAAUCCUUCCUUUGGUGGCAUUGGAAAGGGGCAUUUAAUGAGGGAAGUCGAUGCCUUGGAUGGCCUGUGUUCUCGAAUCUGUGACCAGUCUGGUAUACAUUACAAAGUAUUAAACCGGCGCAAGGGACCAGCUGUUUGGGGUCUGAGAGCUCAAAUUGAUAGGAAGCUUUAUAAGCAGAACAUGCAGAAAGAGAUCCUCAAUACACCGCUGCUUACUGUUCAGGAGGGAGCUGUGGAAGAUCUCAUCCUUACAGAACCGGAGCCCGAGCACACUGGGGAAUACCGUGUCAGUGGCGUUGUUUUGGCGGAUGGAAGUACAGUAUAUGCAGAGAGUGUGGUUCUGACUACUGGGACGUUUCUGAGAGGCAUGAUUGUAAUCGGAUUGGAGAUGCAUCCAGCUGGACGUUUAGGGGAUCAGCCUUCCAUAGGUUUGGCUCAGACUCUGGAGAAGUUGGGGUUUGUGGUGGGAAGAUUGAAGACUGGGACUCCACCCCGAAUCGCCAAAGAAUCGGUUAAUUUCAGCAUUCUAAACAAGCAGACACCAGAUAAUCCAUCCAUACCGUUCAGCUUUAUCAAUCAGACAGUGUGGAUUAAGCCAGAAGAUCAGCUGCCGUGUUACUUGACUCACACUAACCCUCGAGUGGAUGAGAUUGUCCUUGAGAACCUUCACCUUAACUGUCACGUUAAGGAAACUACAAGAGGACCCCGAUACUGUCCCUCCAUUGAAUCAAAGGUCUUGCGUUUUCCAAACCGUGUGCAUCAGGUGUGGUUGGAACCUGAAGGAAUGGAUUCCGACCUCAUCUACCCCCAAGGGUUAUCUGUGACACUGCCAGCUGAAUUACAGGAGAAGAUGAUCACCUGCAUCAGAGGCUUGGAGAACGCGAAAAUGGUUCAGCCAGGCUACGGUGUUCAGUAUGAUUACAUGGACCCCCGGCAGAUCUCUCCUUCUCUCGAGACUCAUUUGGUACAGCGGCUCUUCUUUGCUGGACAGAUAAAUGGCACUACUGGUUACGAGGAAGCUGCAGCUCAAGGCGUGAUAGCUGGAAUCAAUGCAAGUCUUCGGGUCAGACACAAGCCUCCUUUUGUCGUUAGCCGAACAGAAGGUUACAUAGGAGUCUUGAUUGAUGACCUCACCACGCUGGGCACCAACGAACCAUACCGCAUGUUUACCAGCCGAGCCGAGUUCCGGUUGUCACUGCGUCCUGAUAACGCCGACAGCAGGCUCACGUUCCGAGGGUAUAAGGAAGCUGGUUGUGUGUCCCAACAACGAUAUGAGAGAGCUUCUUGGAUGAAGUCUUCUUUAGAAGAAGGCAUUUCUAUGCUAAAAUCCAUUGAGUUUUUAAGUACUAAGUGGAAAACCUUAAUUCCAGAGUCUUCUAUAAGUAGUGGUAAAAGUCUGCCUCUCAGAGCUCUUGAUGUUCUGAAGUAUGAGGAAGUUGACAUGGAGUUGUUGGCCAGGGCUGUUCCAGAGCCCUUGAAGAAGUACACCCAGUGUAGAGAGCUGGCCGAAAGACUGAAAAUAGAAGCCACUUAUGAAUCAGUAUUGUUCCAUCAGCAACAAGAAAUAAAGGAAGUUCAGCAAGAUGAAGCUCUCCAACUGCCAAAGGACCUAGAUUAUUUGACUCUCAAGGAUAUAUCUUUGUCCUAUGAAGUUCGAGAGAAGCUCCAUUUCAGUCGCCCACAGACGAUUGGGGCUGCCAGUCGUAUACCUGGAGUGACACCUGCUGCCAUCGUUAACCUGCUGAGAUUUGUGAAGACCACUCAGCAAAGACAGGCAGCUAUGAAUAGGUUGCCCAGAACUGAUCAACGGUUAUGUGAUACAGACAGACUUGAAGAGAGUCACUUAUAGCUUUCUAUUCAUAGAAGAGUUAAUCGGAACAGGAGUGUAGACAGGAGAUAAGAAGAAUUUAUAUUUAGCACCUGUUAAAAUAACUUCAUUAGGUUUUGUGGCUUUGUCAUUAAUUUAUAAAUAGAUUAUAAUUCUGCUUUUUUGUUUAUCUGAAAAAAUAGUUAUAAAGUCACUUUAUACUCUUUGUUUCAGGUGUUCUAAUACAGUAUACCUAUUAAUAUAAGUUUGGGCAGUGUUCAUCAAAGAGAGAUACAGUGGAACUAAAACUGAUCCUGAAAAAAAAAAAAAUCUCAGCUUGUGGAUUUGCCUACUCAUAAGGACAAAUUUACUGGGAAUUCCCUGGUAGUCCAGUGGUUCAAACUCUGCACUUCUACUGCAGGGGACCUGGAUUGGGACCCUGGUCAGGGAACUAAGAUCUGCAUGGCAUGGCCAAAAAUAAAUAAUAAGAACUUUGUCCAUUAAAGGUACCAAAUUAAAAGUCUUAUCUUUCAACUAGUUUUGAAAGUUAGCAGGCUUCUGCUUAGUUAACGUUAUUUCAAAGCCCUCAAAUUCUUAAGGCUAAAAAUUUGAAACUACAAAAUUAUCCAGAAUCAUUCAGCUAAUUUCCAGUGCUGGGCUGCAGCAUGGUGACUAAAGUUCCCCUACUGAAAGUCAGAAUUGACAGAAAAAUCUGAAUGGCGCUGGUACUCUCCAGUACUUCUGUGAUACAUGGUUACAGGGGUUAGGGGGGUGACCAGCCGGGUCUUUGGCUAGCUCCUCAGUCACCUUGACCUUUCUUCACUGACUAGAGGAUGAAUGUAGCCAAGUGGACAAGAGGACCCUACUUAUCCUUGGAAAUGCCAACUUAGACCUUUCCUGUCAGUCCAGGGAGAAGCUCCCUUGUCAGCCUCAAGCCAAAGCAGGUAUCUCAGACAAUUCUAAGCACCCUGAAAUCACUUUGGUUACAGAUCUAUGUGUUAAGCCUGAUUAUGGGUGUGGGACAAAUAUCUUCUUGCUAUAAUCAUAUACAGCCUCUUGGAUGUAGCUCGGAUUCCAUGGCUUUCAUCUAAUUUUGCCUUUCCACGACACAGCCCAUGAUCAGUAGCGAGGAAAAAGCAUUGGACUGGCCAAAAAGUUUGUUCAGAAGAUGUUACGGAACACCCUGAGUGAACUUUGUGGCCAACCCAAUAUGUGUAAUGCUGGAUGUUGUAGCAGUGAUGAAUUCUUUUUGAUAUUUGAUUUAGUAAUUUCAGUAAGUGGUAACUUUUAGUUAUUAUGGCCAUUCCUAGUCAGAAUUCUUAACACGGAGGCAUAUUGAGUACAAUUCUGUAUGGUAUUUGUUAAAAGAGGGUAUUUUGUACUACCUGUUUAUCACUAGGGGGAACCAUUGAUUGUAAACUUAUCUUUUUCUGGUUAAUUGCAGGAGUGAAAGCAGUGAGUGGGGUGCUUAUUGAAUGGAAUAUAGCAAAAAUUUAUUUUGAGGAAAUAAAAAAUUCCUAAAUGCU